AUGUAUCUUUUGUUGUGGAUCACCAGGUUUCUUAUGAAGCUCACCAACGAGAGCGUGCAGAUUGAGUUAAAGAAUGGGACAGUCGUGCAGGGCACCAUCACAGGUGUGGACAUUGCAAUGAACACACACUUGAAGAACGUGAAGCUGAUCCUGAAGGGCCAGCCUGCACAGCAGCUGGACAGCAUGAGCGUGCGCGGCAACCAGAUCCGGAUGUACAUUUUGCCGGAGACCCUGAACCUGGACACGCUGCUGGUGGAUCUGGACCAGCCCAAGAUCCGCCCUAAGCGCCCAGAGAGGCCCCCAGCACCAGGCAGAGGAAGGGGCAGAGGGCGCGGUCGCGGCCGUGGACGCCGGUAG